CACACUGUUACAGUAUUUUCCGCUUUACUCUUAAAUUUAUAUCAUUAUUUCAUUCCUCACUCUAAUUUCAAGAAACAUGCAUAUAUAUAAAACGCCAUCAGUGUCAGUCAAGCGGAUCACACAUAUAUUUAGUAAUUAGCAACUCAAUGUGUUUGGGUAGACCGUAUACGUGGCUGCUGCCUACUUUUCCUACAACCGCUGUAGAGUGGUAUAAGGUGCUCGUACGUAAAGUGACUGCUAUACAAAAAUUGACGUAUGGUGUUAGCUAGCAAACCGCCAUAAGAAAUGUUGAUGUGAAGUUAUAAUUCGUGUCCCAUUUUGUACAUACUGAACCAAACUGAAUUUUAAGAUUUUUGAUGGUUAGAUAAUCUGUGACCUUCCCGCUUGUAAAUUAAGCAGUUAGUUACUGCGAAUUUAACAGACGUCAUGCGAUGACAAUUAUGAAACAAGCAUUUGUAAAGAAGAAAGACCAGUGGUGUUGGGUCGUGGUGAUGACAGCCACCCUUCUUACUCUGCUUCGCCUCUACCACCCGGCCACACACGCCCACUCUCCCAACCCACUACACUACUCCCAAGAAGCCGCGGAGGUAACCAGUUGGCGCCUAAACAGCAGCAGGUUUCGUGUCCAACUGCCAGACACAUGUGAAUGUAGGUCCAUGUUCACAGUAGGCGCAUGUGGGUUGGAGGGCGUGGCGGAAAUGCGGGCAGGGGAUGCAGCAUGGGUGAGGGCGGUAAAAGGACUCGGGAUUGCCCGCACCCAGCUUGAUGAGACCAUGAUGCCCCACCUGGCCACCCUGGCUCGGUACAUGCCACAAGUGUUCACCGCCAACGUGACGUCAGCCACAGCUGCCUCAAGCCACGUGAAGAUAGAGGCUGACCCUCACCUCACCAGGGCGGCCACCUCGCUGCCCUUCUUGCCAUGUGAGGUGCACCUCUAUACACCCGCAGAGGUUCUCACCUGCACCCGUCGUUACCUGGCCCACACUGGUGCCCCACUCCGCAUCGCCUUCGUGGGCGACUCCCGCGUGAGGAACACAAUGCAGCAGAUGAUCCGCGGGACGUUGCACCACCUACAAUACCGCCUGGAGGGAGACACUCACGCCAUGAACGACACACUAGGGUUCCUGGAUAGUAAAGCUAAGGUAAACAUUCCCGUGGUGGGUGAUGGCCUCCACCUGCGUCUUCACUGGUCCACUUUCCUCCAUCGUCAGCGUCAACCAGAUGACGUAUCCCGCCAGGGCGCCCGUGACCUGUUGGAGGCCUGGGCCUCUGGGACGCCAGGGCCUCAAGACGGCCCCGUUCCAGACAUCAUCUACGUAACGUCUGGGUUGUGGGACACUUCCAUGUCUUCCGGCGACGAGGCCGUCAGUGAUUUCAUGUACACACUGCAGGUGAUGACGCCAAUCCUCAACAAGCUGGCAAGGCGGUCUCGUGUGUUGUGGCACGUACAUGGUCCCAUCAAAGCCUGGUUGGCCAUCCGCGAAGUGCCCAACGGAGCUCUCGAUAUGAUAAACAGGGCAGCUUGGGCAAAACUGGGACACGGCGGUGUGUGGCUGUGGGACUCGCACACUGUUAUGAUGCUCCGACAACACACUGAGUGUCGUGCCCUACACCAGGCGGGGCUCGCCCCUCUCACGCCCACCUCCUGGGGUUGCAGGGACUUCCAACACGCAGGCAAAGACGUGGAGGAUGGCGCCACCAACAUGCUGUGGAACCUUGCCUGCAACGCUCUCCUCCACCUUCCUCAACACCACUGUUGUGCCCACUGACACACACACACAUCACCUAAGUGUGUCCAUAGAUGAAGGUAUCCAGAAACGCGGAGGAAACUCCCGGUGUCAAAUAAUACCUCCUACAGGCGUCUCGGUGAAGGCGAAAACAUCGACGCGAUCAUGUUGUCUCCUAAGCUUAGAAAUGUAAUCUCAAGAGACAAAAAUUUAACUAAGUAUGACGAGUGAACAUGAAGGUGUUGUGACUACUGCAUAAAGAAGAAUGUGGUUUUUGGUGAUCAAUACUGACAGGAGGCUGUAACAGAGGUGGGUCCUUCAAGAUACUUGUCUGCUAUAAACAGGUUAUUCUCGUACACUAUUGGACGCUAUAAACAAAUUGUUCUUAUAACCAUAUGUACUGUGACCCCUUAUUAUCAUCUGUUCCUUCGUGUGAAAGUGAUGUUUUUAUUGUUAAUAAUGCAUCAAUAAAUGUUUACUUGUUAUAAUACGGUUG